CGGAAAAAGCUCACAUAACCCAACUUUGGGCGGAAAAUAAAAACAAACAUUGCGGUUCGUGGAAUUGCACAAAUCACAGAAAUGCCACCCAAAAAGGAUGGUAACAAAGGAAAACAGAGUGGGAAAGGCGGCGCAAGUGGCGGAGAUGGGGACAAAGGUCAGAAGGAGAAGAAAGGCGGAAAUUCCGUGAAGGUGAGGCACAUCCUGUGCGAGAAGCAGGGUAAAGUCCUCGAGGCCAUGGAGAAACUGAAGGCCGGUCAGAAGUUUCCAGACGUGGCAGCUGCUUAUAGUGAGGACAAGGCGCGCCAGGGUGGUGACUUGGGCUGGCAGAUCCGAGGCAGCAUGGUUGGACCGUUUCAAGACGCUGCCUUCGCCCUCCCUGUGUCCACUGUGGCCAAUCCCGUGUACACAGAUCCUCCGGUGAAGACGAAGUUUGGCUACCACAUAAUUAUGGUGGAGGGUAAGAAAUAAAGGCUUUCAAUUUUUGCGUAAUGUCUAAUUUCAUAGGAAAUAACAUGAAAUCUGAAGGUAACGUGUGGUCCGGGAAGUAAAUCGGCAAUUUGGUGAUGCCAGAACUACCGCUUGAAAUUCAGCAAGUCAGUUAAUCAGUAAGAGUCAUCGUCACUUGUAGAGUCGUCAACUCGAACAAACUCAGUCAAGGUGUAUUUUUGGCGAGGAGCAUCAGUUUGGCUCCUAUUGAGGCUAACAAAUCCCUGCAUGUGAAAAUUGCAGUAUGAGUCUGCUUUCACGAUUAAUGAUAGGCAUUCUCUGGCAUCCUCAAUUUGUGCCACAGUGGAUCGGCUUCCGUGCACAAUGUCAUGGUAUGUCGCUUUCAUAUUGUUGAUUUGAACUUGGAGAUAUGAGUAGAAGAGCGAUGCUUCUGCGUUUGAGCAUGCACCCUGAAUCCAGGCAGUCAUUC